GACGUCCCGUGUCUUCGUUUUUCUGCACUCUCCCUCUCUUUCUCUCUAAAACCCCAACAAAAGCAUAAUUAACCAGAAAAGAGAGAGAGAGAGAGAGAGAGAGAGAGAGAGAGAGAGAGAGAUGGCCACGGGAGACUGCGGGAGGAGACGCAAGAGGAAUGGUGGAAUUGGAGCCAUGGAGAGUGGGAGGAAGCGAGCUAUGAAGGCGACGAGGACUGGUUCGUCGAGAAGGAAGACUGUUUCUCGAAGACUGCGACGACAAUCAUCUUCUUCCAACAUUCGGCUCCAAAACCAUCGCUGUCUCCUGAAGUCGCCGGGAAAUUUGACCUCGCCGGAGUCUUCCGAUAGUUCUGGUCUAGUGACUGGUCUUUCGUGCUCGAGUUCCUGCAGCUCUGAUGGAUUUACGGCUUAUCGUUCUUCCAGCGGCGAUUCCAACGAGUUCGUGGAUCACAGGUUGAGAUCCGUGGAUCUGGAGGCGGAUGGUUUUGAAACUGAACACUCGAAGUUUACCGACGAUAAACUCAGUGGAGAGAUGACUACGUCUUGCGAGCUUUGCGGAGACUCAGAGGAGCUGGAGUCGACGACGAAGCCUUCGAAGCAAACUGCCCGGCUGAGAUCGCCGGCGAUGAAGAUGCCAACUGAGGCGGAGCUUGAAGAGUUCUUCUCCGAAGCAGAAAAGUACGAGGCAAAACGGUUCGCAGAGAAGUACAACUACGAUAUUGUGAAGGAUGUACCCCUGGAAGGUCGGUACCACUGGGUUCAGUUGCAGCCAUGAAGAUGGAGAAACUAUGAGAGAGAGAGAGGGGAUAAAGUGACACGAGAAUGCAUGUUCUAUUGCCUGUUUUGGAGAUGGUAUCCUUUGUUAUGUGUACAGCGCACAGCACUACUGGUUCUGCAGCUGUGGAAGGAGGCGUGCGUCUGUCUUCCCGUACAACAUCCGGAGAAGCUUCUUCUGCAAUUCGCGGACGGGAUGAACCAAACUUCCUUUUUCAAUAAAUUAAAGUUCUCCAGUUUCAGCUCAAUCCCUUCCUCCUCUCGGAUUCGGUGCAUGCAGUGACAGCAAUCAGUAAUUUUCCUUUUUUUGGCUAAAUUCUUCAGAAAAGAACUAAUAUUAUAUUGCUUUAAUUCUCUACUUUUACAUGUGGGGGAAAUAUUUUUCUCUGAAUUGAUGGAAAAGGGUCUUUUGUUUCUGCUUCA